AUGAAUGUUGCGUGUCGUCGUUUACUCACAGCAGGUGGCCAGUUUAUUGCAGAGUAUCGAAAGCAAAUAGAGUUCCGGAUUCUGACUGCUUCAGACAUUCAUCUGGAAUUUGAUCACCGUUCGAGUGAAAGGCGUCUGGACUCAUUAAAUACACUUGAGGAAUCACUGCAGGUCGUGCUAUUGGCAGGUAAUCUAUUCCACACGAAUGGGCCACCCAAAGGGGUACUGAAGGAGGCAAUGAAACUUCUACGAAAAUAUUGCUUUGGCUAUAGAGAGAUCGAUUUCGAGCUCACAUCAGAUCAAAGCAAAAACUUUGCUGAUUCGGAUAUUCCUCUCGUCAAUUACGAAGACCCAAACGUUAAUGUGAGUUUGCCAGUUUUUCCGAUCCAUGGCAGUCAUGACGGUCCCGUAUCAUUCUAUCGAGAAAGCGUUGCAAAAUUCUUGUCCACGGCUGGACUCAUUAAUUACUUCGGUCAUAUAGGCAAACGAAAUAUAAUCGAACUUGAACCGCUACUGUUUAAAAAAUCGACUAAGGUUGUUGUCUGUGGUCUAGGAUCGAUGAGAGAUGACCGUCUAAGUAUUCUAUUCUGUAAAAAUCGCGUUCGGUUUCAUUGGCCGGAAGAUUCUAAACGGUGGUUUGAAAUUCUGGUUUUGCAUCAAAAUAGAGUAAAACAUUGGAAGGGAGAUUACAUAUCAGAAAGCUUUCAGCCUGCUGAACUCGACCUGGUCGUGUGGGAACACGAAAGGGAGUGUUUCACGGAUACUCAAUUUAAUGGACGAUUUCAUGUAAUACAGUCUGGAAGCACUGUGGCGACGACAUCCCAUUACAGCGAACUGGCUAAUAAAUACGUCGGAAAACCUCGCGCAGAGUCUAAGGGAGACAAUAAGAAGAUCAACUGUUUCGAGCCAGUUCUUCUGUCCACGGUGCGUCAACUGUUCGUGAAGGAUAUUGUGCUGCCUCAGAUGUUACCGGAAAACGACCAGAUACGGGACCAGUUGGUCAGAUUUGUUGAACAGCAUAUCGAGAAUAUAAUUAAAAAGGCUACUGGGAUGGGAAGGGGUCACUUGAAGCAGCCCCUUAAACUUCUAAUUAGGCUCCGCGUGUAUUACGGUCCUGACCACGAAACAUUUUGCAUUAAAGACAAAGUCGCAAACUCUGGUGACUGCCUCCAAUUUGUGCGCAAUAAAAUGUUAUGGUCUCAACAGAUUGGUAAAGACCAUAUCGAUUAG